AUGCAAGGGCUUACCACAUCGACAACAGCCAUGCUGUCUCGUCAGCUCAUCCGCCGACAGCCUGUCGCGGCUUCAACAGUGGCUAGAAUAGUCGCGCAACGGACCUACGCCACGCCCGCUGGCAGACCCUUGAAGGGUUUCCGACCUCCCCCGCCGAAACGAUGGGACGAGCAAGAGGAUGGGACGUUCGAACGCGCUGGAAAGUACUUCCUCUUGACGGAGAUGUUCAGAGGCAUGUACAUCGCAUUAGAGAACUUCUUCAGGCCACCAUACACAAUUUACUACCCCUUUGAAAAGGGUCCCGUCUCUCCCCGAUUUCGUGGCGAACACGCUUUGAGACGCUACCCGUCAGGCGAAGAACGAUGUAUCGCCUGUAAGCUGUGCGAAGCGAUCUGCCCAGCCCAAGCCAUCACGAUUGAAGCAGAAGAGCGAGCCGAUGGCUCAAGGCGGACGACUCGGUACGAUAUCGACAUGACCAAGUGCAUCUACUGCGGCUUCUGCCAGGAGUCAUGUCCCGUAGAUGCGAUCGUCGAGAGCCCCAACGUCGAAUACUCGACCGAGACGAGAGAAGAGUUGCUAUACAACAAGGAGAAGCUCCUAGCAAACGGAGAUAAAUGGGAGCCCGAGUUGGCGGCUAUUAUCAAAGCCGACUCCCCUUACAGAUAA